AUGUCUUGUGAAUGUGAAGGUCCUGGAAAUCUGAUUUUCAAAUAUGAAGGUAUUAACGAACUGAUUGUCGAAUGUGAAGGUAUUGGCGAACCGAUUGUCAAAUGUGAAGGUAUUAGCGAACCAAUUAUUGAAUGCGAAAGUACUGAUGAACCAAUUAUUGAAUGUAAAAGUACCAGCAAACUGAUUGUCGAAUGCGAAAAUAUUGGAAAAAUAAUUAAUAGAUAUGACAGUACUGAUGAUACAACUUUUAUGUGUGAAGGUACAGGUGAAAUAAUUUAUAAAGGUAUUAGCGAUGCAAGUUUUAAAUCUGAAAGUAUCAGCAAGACAACUUUUGAAUGUAAAGAUACUUUUAGAACUUUUGAACAUGGAAAUACCAGUGAAAUAUUUCUUAAUGAUAUAGACAAUCAAUAUAUACAGGAUCAAGUUGAUGAUUUUUCUUUUGACUCUUUUUUGAAAGAGGUCAAAGAAGAUUAUGAAAGUAAUAAUCUACAACUGCGUUUAGCAUUGAAUAAGUUUGCAGAGCAAUAUAAAGCGGCCAAAUCACUAUCUAUUCCAAGAUUGAAUUCUUUUCUCUAUGACCUUAAUUAUAACUCGGAUCCUUUGGCAUGUAUCAAGAGUGGUAGAAAAAUUCAAGUACAAGUUGAGUCUAUAAAGCGAAGGAAACCAAAUGUGAAAUGGGUGCAUUCUGAAAGUAAUGAAAAUGAUGUUUAA